UGAUGGUGAUGAUGAUGAUGAUGGUGAUGAUGAUGUGAUGAUGGUGAUGAUGAUGAUGGUGAUGAUGAUGAUGAUGAUGAUGAUGAUGGUGAUGAUGAUGAUGAUGGUGAUGAUGGUGAUGAUGAUGAUGAUGAUGAUGAUGAUGAUGAUGGUGAUGAUGGUGAUGAUGAUGAUGGUGAUGAUGAUGAUGAUGGUGAUGUUUGUUGUUGUUGUUGUUGUUGUGGUCGUCAGACUGAAGCCACAGAGCGUCUCUGCUCUCAGACAUGAAGGCGACCUGGAAGCCUUAACACUGCCACCUGCUGCAUUCUCACCUGUCUGAGUCUCUGUAAUAAACCUGACUGUUGGUAACUGAGUCUGAUUCUUCUGAUCACAGUCACUGCAGAGGAAGGAAACAAGACGUCCUCACCUGACAGGAGCUGUCUGCAGGUGUAGGUCUGUUUCACCUGGACACAUUCACAGAUCUGCUGAAGGUGGUGGUGAUGGUGUCACUGUGUAUUUCCUCCUGCUGAUACAUGAAGAGUGUAUGUGUGUGUGUGUCCUGCAGCAGCUCUGUGUCUGGCAUCUGUCACCUCCACGCCUUGGGGGGGGCACAGAGAACCCCCACCACCUCCCUCUCUUUGUCUUAUGAGGUCUUCGACCCCCCCCCCCCACACACACACACAGUCUGUGUAUCAGAGUAGAACCAGAGAAUACAGCAGUGUCUAUAACAGCAGGAACCUGGUUCUUAAAGCUGUGGAUGGAGCCCUGGUUAAUGUCACUGCUAACACCUGAAUCUAUCAGACUGCAGGUCUAUUACACCUGGUCUGUGUCUGUAUAAGACCAACCUUCAGCCAGACAAACAUAAAACACACUGAUACUGAAGACGUGGAGACUGAGGAAUCAGGAGAGACCUGGUUCAGGUCCUGACAGCUUGUACAGCCUGAAGAAGCUCGAACAUCUGGAGAGAAGCAGCUGAUAACAGUGACAGAGCUGAGUAUUAGAGAGGCAGUGUGGGAUCAGAAGGCUGAGAGAUGAAGAUGUGUUUGAUGCUGAGGGAGCUCACACUGACUGACCUGUACGAGCUGUUUUAUUCUGAAAACUCUGGCUCAUAAAAUGUUGAGUCUGUAUUUCCUGUCUUUUCUGUUUGUAUCUGAACAUUCAUUAAAGCUGCUGAAACAGCUGCUACAGGAAAUAUUCUGAAUCUGUCUCUGACACUGAGCUCAGAGGUUUUAUUUUGAAAGGACACUGUCAGCUCUUCUACCUUCUUAUUUACCGUCAUCUUCAUCUUCAUCGGUCGGUCACUGCAGCAGCUUCAGCCUCCGGCCUCAAAACAUUAGACAUGAAGUGGAUGUGAAGGAAACGUUCCUGAGGUGUCAGACUGCUGGAUGUCUGAGGACCAGACCCCCCCCACAUAAAGAGGAAUCAUAGAUUACAGACGGAGCUGCAGCCUCAGGCAGGUUUAGCAGAUAUUUAAAUCUUUAAAUUCGUUCCAUGUUUCCCUCGUUCUUCGUCUAAUUGAAGUAACUGCAGGGUUUCUUUAAUUGGACACGGAGAAGGAGAGAAUCCAGUCUCUCUGCUGGUUUGUUCAGUGAAGGGAGACACAUGCAGCCUGAGGGGGGAAGAGGAGGAGGAGGAGCAGGAGGAGGAGGAGGAGGUUAACUGUGUGUGUGUUGACACAGAUGAAGACAUGGAGCUGCUUCACUGUGUCUCUUUAAAGAACGUCUCUGUGUCACCAACCUCAAUUACACACAUUAGUUUCCCAUCAGCCCCUGGGUUACUGAGGCAUCACAGGGAAACCCCGUGUACAGCAGGAGGUGCAGAGGGAGGUGUGAUCAGAAAGUUCACAGACUGCUCCUUUAACAAACAAAAACCACAUCUGAGUUAAAUUUUCUUCCAUCACCUUCAAAGUCAAACUCCUCCUGCUCCUCCUCCUCCUGCAGGUGGAGCGUACCUGUGCUUCCUGUUCUGUCAUCUGUCACCUGCAGCUGGAUCUCCUCCACUGAGUCAGAACAUCCACUCUGCAGCUUGGAUUUCAUUUUGAGGAGGAGGAGGUCGCAGGGAGUCAGAUCCAGAGAGUGGGUGGGUGAGUUGUGAUGAUGGAACGUUCAGUUACCCUCAGACCACAGCUCAGGUCUCAGAGCCUCCUCCCUCAGACUCCUCAGGACGGAGCAGGAGGACUCAGCGCUGACAGCUGGACCUGCUCCUCCUUCGGUCUCAGAGACGUCAGCUCCUCCUCUCUGAAGCUGAUGUUUGUCUCUGGUCGUCUCAGACCUCCACACGGAGCUGCUUCUGGUCUGAGGUGAAUCACAAACCUCACCUGCCUGUGGUCACAGCUGUGAACAGGUCCAGGUGUGAACUGGAGCAGUCUGAGCUCAGGUCUCCUCUUGACUGAAAACCAGCCCUCAGAUUCAUGUGAUGAGCCUUCAGUGGGACCUGAACCACAGGUUUGGAACCACUGGACUGGUGUACACACAGUGGCUGUGAAGAAAGUACAGUAGCCUGUGAGGGACAUUUAGAAAUCCUAAUAAUUGUAAAUCAAGCAGUUCAGGUCUGAAGCAGGUGACCUCCUCUCUGACCUCUGACCUCUGACCUGCAGAACAUCAGGUUAUCAGAGUCGGACGAGGAGGAGGAGGAGGAGCAUCACUCCUCUGACUCUGCGUCAAACCGGGACACAAAAUGGAUCCUGUUGCUCCGACAGAUUCUUUGGCUCCUCCUGGUCCCAGCCUCAGCAGCAGAGCACGGUUCCUGGAUCCCGCUCUCAAUGAUGAGGAUCUGUGUGCGCAUCCUCCCGGCGCACAUCUCCAUCUACCAGUGCGCAAUAAUUGAAAUGGCGCAUUUGGCCGCAGGCGGCUGGAGCGGCAUAAUGCAUGAUGAUAGACGUCAUUUGGCUCCGGAGCCACAGGGAUGUUUGAUGUUGCUAAAAUAUACGAGUUGUCGGGGAGAGAGCGGCGGAGCAGCGGCUCCAUUUUAAACCCACAGAGGAGGAGGACGCUGCAGAGACUGAGCCCGGUCAUAAACCACCUCCUCGGCCUCCUCUCUGCGCUCUGUCCCCGGCUGACAGGAACGAGUUGGGGCGAGAGAAGACAACAAACCGCCCGCGUUAUUGUAACCUAAUCCUGGCCCCCGGGGGUCUGAAGGGCCCCGGGCCAGACUCCUCUCAGCCCUCCUCUUUAUUCAGAGACACGGCUCCACACACACACACACACACACACACCGGAGACACCGGAGGACCGAGGCAGACUGACGAGGACGUGAAGUGAAGACCAACCGGUAUCCCCAGAUUUCACAGCGCGGGACGGAGCAGACAGACGCCGAUCUCAUGUCUUCAGUGUCGGUGUCCUCUCAGGAGGGGCGGAGCAUGUCCAGGAUGUCUCUGAGCCGCUCACCUGUGUCGCCCAUGACCGCCCAGGGCAUCCCUUCCCCCGCCCAACUCACCAAGGCCAACGCCCCCGUCCACAUCGACGUGGGGGGGCACAUGUACACCAGCAGCCUGGCGACGCUCACCAAGUACCCCGAGUCCAG